AACCCGCCUCCUCUUCAUUGUGCCAAGACCAGAGGACCAGACGACCCACGCCCGAGAGGCUCCGUCCGUUUGCUCUACCAUUCCUCUCCUCUCUCUCCGACCGGCUCAGGACUACCCUGCUCGCUUCCUCCAGGGACUACCCAAGCCAAUUCUCCUCUUGUAAGAGAGAGGGAUCCUUUCUCUUUUAUCCCAUCGGUGAAGCUCUCUCCACAACUCUCUCCCCUCUCAGCUUAUUCACGCUAACCCCCCUCUGCCCCCUGCUUUCUGCCGGACACACACACACACACACACACAUCAAGACAUGGAGCCAGGAGGUAUACGUGAGGACCUGCGCCUCUACCAGAGCACGCUUCUCCAGGACGGCCUCAAGGAGCUGCUGAACGAGAACAAGUUUGUGGACUGCGUUCUGAAGGUGGGCGAGCGCAGCCUGCCCUGCCACCGGCUCAUCCUGGCCGCCUGCAGCCCCUACUUCAGGGAGCUCUUCUUCGAGGAGGACGAGGAAAAGGGGGAGUCCGCCGAGGGCAACAAGGAAGUGGUUCUGGAGAACGUCGACCCGUCCAUCAUGGAGAUGAUCAUCAACUACCUGUACGCGGCCGACAUCGACAUCACCGACGACAACGUCCAGGACGUCUUUGCCGUGGCCAACCGCUUCCAGAUCCCCUCGGUGUUCACGAUCUGCGCCAACUAUCUCCUCAAGCAGCUCUCCGUGGGCAACUGCCUGGCCAUCUACCGGAUGGGGCUGGUGCUCAACUGCCCCCGGCUGGCCGUGGCCUCCCGGGACUACAUCACGGACCGCUUCGAGACGCUGUCGAAGGAGAAGGACUUCCUGGAGCUGGCCGCCCACGAGCUCUUCGCCAUCAUCGGCGUGGACUCGCUCAACGUGGAGAAGGAGGAGCUGGUGUUCGAGACGCUGAUGCGCUGGGUGCGCAAGGACAAGGAGCACCGCCUCAAGACGCUGGGCGACGCCUUCGACCACGUCCGGUUCCGCCUGAUCCCGGAGAAGUACUUCAAGGAGAAGGUGGAGACGGACGACAUCGUCAAGGCCGACCCCGAGCUCGCGAAGAAGGUGGAGGUCAUCAAGGACGCGUACGCCGGGAAGCUGCCCGAGAAGAAGAAGAAGGAAGCGAAGAAAGGGAAGGAUGGGAAAGACGGGAAAGACGGGAAAGAUGGGAAGGAGGAGGAGGGGGAGGAGGACGCCGGCCUGCCCGGGUACCUGAACGACACGCGCCGGGUCGGCAUGUUCAGCAAGGACAUGAUCCUGAUGAUCAACGACACGGCGGCCGUGGCGUACGACUCGGUGGAGAACGAGUGCGCCUUGGCCGCCCUGGCCGAGCAGAUCCCGCGGAACCACGUCAGCAUCACCUCCGCCAAGAACCAGCUGUUCGUGGUCGGAGGCCUGUUUAUGGACGACGACAACAAAGACGGCCAGCUCCAGUGCUACUUCUAUCAGCUGGACCCCAUUUCUGCUGAUUGGACAGCGCUUCCCCCUAUGCCCUCCCCCAGAUGUCUAUUCGCCAUGGGGGAAUGUGACAACUUCCUGUUUGCUAUUGGUGGCAAAGACCUACAGAGCAAUGAGUCCUUGGACUCAGUGAUGUGUUAUGAUAUUGAUAAACUGAAGUGGAGUGAGACCAAGAAGCAACCCUUGAGGACACACGGCCAUAGUGUCGUGUCACAGUACGGAAUGAUCUACUCUAUAGGAGGCAAGACAGACGACGGCAAGCACCUCAACAAGAUGUUUGUGUACAACCACAAGAAGGCCGAGUGGAAGGAGGUGGCGGCCAUGAAGACUGCUCGGUCCAUGUUCGGCGCGGUCGUGCACAAGGGGAAGAUUAUCGUGGUGGGAGGGGUCAACGAGGGUGGGCUGCUGAGCUCAUGUGAGGCCUACGACUUCGGAACAAACAAGUGGGAGGCCCUCCCAGACUUCCCCCAGGAGCGGAGCUCCAUGAACGUGGUGAGCAGUGACGGGGCCCUGUUCACCGUGGGGGGGUACACCAUGGUCGAGACGGACGAUAAGGAGUGUGCCCCCUCGGAACUUUCAGACAUCUGGCAGUACGAGGAGGACAAGAAGGAGUGGACGGGUCUGAUCAGGGAGAUGCGCUACGCCACAGGGGCCACCUGCGUGUCCAUGCGCCUCAACCCCGCCAAGAUGCCCAAACUCUAACUCCGCCCCCCUCCUCCUGCACACGCACAGAGGCAACUCACCGGCCAGAAAGCAAGAAAUACCAGAAGAAGAAAAUCACACAAGUCAUAUUGCGGUCUCCUUGUUACAUUGGGAAAAAAAAUAACCAUCACAAUUAAUAGCACACAACUAAAGCCUACCUUACACUGACAGACUUUAACAAGAUCUGGGAAAGAUUAUUGAAAGAUUUUAGUCUUUUGAGUCAAGCUUGAAUGAGGGGCAUUAGUUAAAAGACUACAAUCUUUCCCAAAUCUUGUCAAAGGCUAAAGCCUACCUUACACUGACAAGAUUUGGGAAAGAUUUUUGAAAGACUGUAGUCUUUUGAGUAAAGUCUGAAUGAGGGGCAUUAGGAGUACAAUCUUUCAAGAAUCUUUCCCAAAUCUUGUCAGUCUAAGGAAGGCUUAAGUUGAUAGUGUAGUAUGCUAUAUCAUACAGCAGGGCUUGAAGAAAGGAAAAUCUCUGUGCUUGACUAUCAGAAACCUUUCAAAGCGGUUCUAUAUAAUCAUCUAUAUCAGAAUGUUAAACAGACUGACACAGUGCCUGAGAGCUUCAAGUUUUGAUACUGAGUGAUGUAAAGUUUUACACACCACUAGACCCAAUGAAUCAAGGAUGCUUGUCUUCUGAUAUAAAAUGUUACUAAACUGCUGGUGGGUGUUUUGUCCACCAGUGUGCCUUCUGAAUGUGAAGAUAGUAGAAGCACAACAUCCACUUUUCAUGACCAUUCUUGUUCAACAAUUUUGUUUGUUGGAGUUUCACCUUGGCAACGCUGCGUGCUGGACUGAACAAGUGAUUCCUUUAGAAGUGCUAGAUUCGUCCAAAAGUUUCAGCAAGAACUGUUGGGGAUGCUUUACAGGAGAGUGGUCAUGUAGCCUGCAAAAUUUCACAAGCAUUACGCCAACAGACUCUAAAAUUUGAGCAGGAUCUCUUGGCUCAGGAAUGUCCAAUACUAAUACGCUACUAGUGCCACUAGAGGGCACCAUUGCCUUCAGAACAACAAACUCUACCAGUUCACAUUUCAUUAUUUUCAAACAUGUCCACUUAUUUUGUUUUCGUACACUGUGGAGUGACUUGGGGUUUCGCACUAAUAUUCCAUUUUUUUUUUUUUUUUAAUUAUGUUCGUGUUCCUGCAUGGUUGUUGUGGGGUUGAGGCAUGGCCUUCCUACUCUGCUGUGAUAGGCCCAGCAGAUGCAUAUCAUGUGUGAAAACGGAGUUCAAUCAGUGUUGCUGACCACUGACCACUGUUCAGGUCUGUUAUUCUCAACAUAAACUAGCAGAGGUUUAGUAUAGGACACUGCCACAUGUUGUUAAAAAAAAGACUUUUCACUUUAAAUAGAAUCUGUGUUAAUAAGUUGUUUUAUAAAAAAAAAAUAAAGUUGUA